UUAGUGUACUAAGCUAGGUGAUUGCGCCCCUAAACCAACUGACAAUUCUACCUCCACGUCCACGGAACUCACGCUUAAACAAUGAAGUCCGCAAAAGAAUCGAAAAAGAAGCCUAGAUCAGAUGGAAGCAAAAAUGGGGUUGGAGUGGAAAGAAAGAAGAAACGGAAAGGUUCUAGCACGCCAAAAGAGGAGGGUCGAGAUCCCACACAGUCCAUUCUGUACCUCACGAUGGCUGUACUGGUCGUCCUCAUAGCUGUCAGUGCAUUUUAUUUAUACAACAACAUUGAGUCCUCAGCACCAUUCUCAGAAAGGCAAUCGACAAGUGAUGCUGGUCCAACUCCUAAAACGAGUGCUGGUCAUAACCAACCGGAUGCAAAGAGCUCUGCUGUACCGCCCACUGAUAUGCCUCCCAAGGAGAAGUCCAAAGAAUCCAGUCCUAAAACACCAGAGCCAAUAAAAUCAGUUUAUUCCAAGGCAGCUCUUACGAAUAAAUAUGAUGAUAAGAUACGUGCAGAGUUGGACAAUGCCGAUGAUCUUUUACUUGGGGGGAAGCUACAAGAUGCAAUAAAGAAAUACAACAGUCUUCUCGCCAAACACUCACAGAGUGCCCGCGCUCGGUUUGGUCUGGCCGAAGCUCUUGGGCGGGACGCAGAGGUGCAGAAGAGUAACACCCUCCUUGAGCAGAGUAUAAACGAGUUUGUAAAAGUCACCGAAACGCCAAACAUCCCCAUGGCACUGCUGAAAGAAGCUGUGAGAAUUGGUGUUGGCAAGAUGCAUUUUAGAGGUUGGUCAUUGCAGGCUGCCAAGUUCGUAAAAAGGGCGGCAGACAAAUACCCCGAGGACGUCGAAUUGAACAAUAAACUUGGCGUCUGUUAUUUGAUGACUGGACGUGUGGAGCAGGCGAGAAAUAUCUUCAAAUAUGUCAUCAAUUUGGAUCCGAAUGACGGCUUUGCUUUGGCGCAUUAUGGGUUCAUCCUGAAGACCGCUGACGACAACAGCCUGAACGCCAUUCCGUAUCUGCAGACAGGAAUAGACAGCGGCGCCCCUGGCACUGAUGAUGGACGAUUUUUCUUCCAUCUUGGUGACGCGUUGAAUCGAGUUGGCAGGAAAAAAGAGUCAUACGAGAUCUAUGAAGAAGGAGCCAAGAGAGGUCACUUCCGGUCCAAGUAUCAGCGCUCUUUGUACAAUGUUGACACGCUAGCGGCGCGGCCCUGGUGGACACCGAAACAAACUACUUAUCAGCGAUAUCUAAAGGUGUUGGAAGAUAACUGGGUAACUAUUCGUGACGAGGGCCUCGCGCAGAUGAACCAAGAGAAGAGUGGUUUCAAAGCAGAGGAGGAGAACCUGAGAGAAAAGGGUGACUGGAAGCAGUUUACGUUGUGGGCGCAGGGGCGUAAGGAUACGCAGAAUUGUCAGAAGACGCCAAAGACGUGCGCUCUUCUGGAGCAGAUACCAGAUGCUAAAGGUUGUCGAAGGGGACAGAUUAAAUACUCGGUAAUGCAACCUGGUGUUCACGUGUGGCCCCACUGCGGACCAACGAACUGUCGUAUCCGAGCCCAUCUAGGACUGGUGGUGCCCCCUGGACCAAAAAUACGAGUCGCAGAUGAAGAAGGAAAAUGGACAGAGGGAAAAUUUAUAAUAUUUGACGAUUCUUUUGAACAUGAAGUCUGGCAUGAGGGUGAAUCUUUCCGUUUAGUUCUGAUUGUUGAUUUCUGGCAUCCGGAAUUAACAGCACAUCAGAAGGCAACAUUGCCUUCGAUUUAGACUUGUAAUGUCACAAUAGGCAGGUUUUGCAUAAAAUUGGAUUCUAUGCUCCAAACUUCGACUUCUGUCCUCCAUGUAAAAUUCCUCCUUCUGAUAACAUUAUUGCUCACUCCCUUUGUGUGCUCUGCAAGUCCAAGGAGACAAUGAGAGUGCUGUAGGUCACUUCAGUUUGGCACCAGUUAGAGUCUUGGCCCAGUGAUUCUGCCCGGGGUAGAUAGGUGGAGUCAAUCAACGCCUACUGAUGGUUUUUCUCACCGCGACAAGAUAGCGGUCUUUUGUACAUUACGCCAUGGCUCAAUUUCUGUCACCAGUAUUUCAAUGGUGUUGGUCUCGUUCUGAGAAGAUGAAAAUGUUGCACCUACGAGGAAAAGAAUUCGACACCAACAGUAUCGUUAUGAUUAGUUUUUUUCUACCUUUUACAAAUUGUGCGAUGAUAAACAAGUCACACUGAGUUAUUCUUGUGUUAUUUGUGUAAAACACAGUGUUGUAUAUAUGUGUAAAACACAGUGUUGUAUAUAUGUGUAAAACACAGUGUUGUAUAUAUGUGUAAAACACAGUGUUGUAUUUAUGUGUAAAACACAGUGUUGUAUAUAUGUGUAAAACACAGUGUUGUAUAUAUGUGUAAAACACAGUGUUGUAUAUAUGUGUAAAACACAGUGUUGUAUAUAUGUGUAAAACACAGUGUUGUAUAUAUGUGUAAAACACAGUGUUGUAUAUAUGUGUAAAACACAAUGAAUGCAUGUCCAGGUCGCCACCAUGAUCGAAUGUCACUAUCUAUGACCGUUUCUGAAUACUAAUGAUACGAGAUGAGCUUGGAAUGGGUUCCCUUGGGUUUUCCUCGGGAUUAGUCAUAAUGUUUUGUUAGGGGCUCACUCGUUCAUUAAAAAGGGAAGAUGUUUGUAUCUGUAUCUAUCUGCUUAGUAAAAACUUUUUAU